UUUUUAACUAUUAGAUUAUCUUGGUGACUUUUUUAUUGUACUUAACCUUGUUUUUAUAUUCUAUUUAACCGAUACACACACAUAUAUAGAUACAGUCAGCUCCAUAAAUAAACAAAUGUCUGACAGAUACGCCCAUUUUGACCGGCUCAACCACUACGACCACUACGACCACUUUGACAACAACCAAAGAUCCGCGACAUCCUCACCAACACUUUCAGAAACAGCGGAUCCAACAACACCGGGCAAAGGAAACGUGCGCAGGUCAAAAACGCUUGCAUCAACUGCCAACGCGCCUGCAAACGCUGCGAUCCACACCGACCAUGCCAGCGCUGCCAAAAAUACAACCUAUCCUCAACCUGCGUCGACUCACAGCGCAAGCCGCGCAUGAAGGGGAUCAAGCGUGGACCGUACAAAAAACGGAACAAACCCAAUAUGCCGCGCAAAACAAACACCAAGAACCCUGGUAUGGAUGCUGUUACCGAGGUUUAUGAUAUGCAGGUGCCACACCCAGGCAAAUCCUCAUUUGAUGCUAUCCGAUUGACGCCCAUCAGAUCACCCGCUAGCAGCAACCUGGGGUAUUCCGAUACCGAAAGUAACAACAACAACAACAACAACAACAAUGUGCAAUUGCCGCCUAUAGAUUCUUUUGAUAGAUUCACACCCCCGCCACUACCUAUGCAGCCACUGCCUCCACCACCACAGCAGCAGCAGCAGCAACAACAGCAGAGGUUUAGCCUGGAGUCCAGUAUCCCGACGCCGCAAUCCACAUCGCCGCUCAGUCUGCUUUCCGAUGUGGCUCUUUCUAAACCUUUAUCCGUCCUGCGCCCACCACCACCAUUCCAGACGUUCAUCCCGCCAAUGUCCUCCUCCCGCUUCGACCAGACGCCGCGCUUAGGCCCACACUACCCACAGAGCCCCCGUACAUCAUCACCGCCUCUGCCACUGUCCAGAAUGCUCGCCGACCACCCAGGCCCAUUGUCAGCUACUAACCAGGAGGAGUACAUGGAGAUGGACUCUUCAGCAGAAAGUACUCUCGAGGGCAGCGAUAUUGGCGUGCGGAGAUUGUCGCAUUUGUUUAAUAGGGCAAGAAUUGAGCAACCAUUGGAUGGCCUGCACUCACCUUUACAUUCGAAUUCUUCGAAACACGCGAAACAAUCCUAUGCGUUUGACGUAGAUCAGACAAAUGAAAGGGUGGAUGUUAUUGGUACAUCGUCGACAGACACUCCGCCACCGUUGCCGCUGAAAUCUGGGUUUGCAAUUCCGCUGCAGAAACAGCAACAGCAACAGUCUGGCUAUGUGUCUUCUCCAACAAUCAAAACAGAGACACAAGGUGAUAUGCACUCGCUGUUGAAAUAUUCGUUGCGUUGAGAAUUUUUUUUAAUUAGUUUCAUAAUUUUUUUCUCCCCUAAGAGACUGAGAAUUUUUGUCAGGCGGGCCCCAGGUAUUACGGAUAAGGGCCAGGCGGGGUUAUUUUUCGCUGUGUUUUUUGCUUUUGGGGGAAUGAGGGGAGUGCAAAUGCGAGGCGUGGGGGGGUGGAUUUGAUCUGUCAUGUGUGGUGCCUUGAAAGUCCUCUUGAUUUUCCACUAUUGCGUUAUGCAGCAAAAAUAAUAAACCACACGCCAUCACAAUAAACCAACCGAAAAAGUACAAAAAUGACAAAUAAAAGGAUUUGCACUCACAACCAGCUUUUGAAGCAUUUUCUUUCC